GUGUGUGUGUGUGUGUGUGUGUGUGUGUGUGUGUGUGUGUGUGAAGGGAAGUAGAACGUGAGCGUGGUCGUCUUUUUCCCGUCUGAAAAUAAAUCUAUUUGGUUAAAACUAAAUUAAAGAAGUACACCGAGAGUUAUUACACAGGCUCCACUGCAAGACGCUGCGUUCAACAAUUUCCUCUUCAUAAAUUCAUAAAACACAACAACAAAAGAUGAAAGACAACAACAAAAACGAAACGCAAGCCACCGUUGCUAAGGAAUCCUAUAACUCACCUGGGUGUCGACGAUGGAAAACGUUUUGGUGACCUACAUGGACAUCCUGCUGCCUUACACGGAUGACCCAAGCACUCCUCACUCGCACCGCCAGGUCCGGGACUGUCAGCCCAGUGUGCACGGCAACCGCACGCACGAGAUCUUUCCCGCCAGCAACCGAAGCAAUCCGCCGGCGGCCGAGGCCAAGCUGCUCAUAUACAAACUUCCUGAACGUGUCGUGACGGGUCACUUUACGGUGGUCCACGACCCGCUGAGAACCCUGUCAGUACUGGAGCCCGGCCGCCCAGGAGGCUGCGGCAAUUCCCGCUUGGCCACAGUGGAAGAGACAUCCAAGGCCGCCGGCUGUCUGUACGCCCAGAACGCCGGCUAUUUCAACACCCACACUGGCCAGUGCCUGGGGAACUUGGUGAGCGACGGCAGGAUGGUGCAGGACAGUGGCGGCGUGCAAAACGCCCAGUUUGGCAUCAGGAGAGAUGGGACCUUGGUGACCGGCAGGUAUCUGUCUCAAGAGGAAGUUUUGGACCAAUUUAACCCCUUUGUUCAGUUGAUCACCGGAGUGGUGUGGCUGCUCAGAAAUGGGGAGGUUUACAUCGAGUCCAGUUUGACAGCUGAGUGCGACAAGACUCAGGAGACCGGCUCUUUCCGCUAUUUCACCGAGGUCAUCUCGGCCAGGACGGCGUUGGGUCACGAUGCCGAGGGCAGGGUCAUCUUGCUCCAGGUGGAUGGACGGACGGGAGAAAGUGGAAUGAGCCUUUUUGAGAUGGCCGUCUUCCUGAAGAAUAAUGGAGUCAUCAACGCCAUCAAUCUGGACGGUGGCGGUUCUUCCACCUUUGUGUCCAACGGCUCUUUGGCCAGCUACCCUUCUGAUGAAUGCAAAACAGACAAAAGGUGGCGCUGCGCUCGGGCAGUCUCCACCGUCUUGUGCGUCCAUCCGCAGCGUUGCCAUCCGUCGGACUGCGGCGCCCACGGAGUCUGUGCCGCCAGUGGUUGUCUCUGUGAUGCCGGAUGGACAGGCAAGAACUGUAGUCAAGAGUGCCUCCUGGGUUUCUAUGGCAAAGGCUGCAAUCAGACGUGCUCCUGUAUGAACGGCGGCUCGUGCCAUCACGUCCACGGGGGCUGCAGCUGCGCUCCGGGGUUCACUGGAAAAUCCUGUGAAGAAUGCGUGCAGGGUUUCCACGGCGAUGGGUGCAAUCUGACAUGCUCCUGCAUGAACGGCGGCUCGUGCCAUCACGUCCAUGAUAACUGCAGCUGCACGCCGGGUUUCACUGGAAAAACCUGUGAUGAAGAGUGCCUGCCGGGUUUCUAUGGCGACGGCUGCAAUCAUUCGUGCUCUUGCAUGAACGGCGGCUCGUGCCAUCACGUCCACGGAGGCUGCAGCUGCGCUCCGGGCUUCAUUGGGAAAACCUGUGAAGAAUGUCUGUCUGGUUACUAUGGCGACGGAUGCAAUCAGACGUGCUCCUGCAUGAACGGUGGCUCGUGCCAUCACGUCCACGAUAACUGUACCUGUACACCGGGUUACAUUGGAAAAACCUGUGGGGAAGAGUGCUUGCCUGGUUUCUACGGCGAUGGCUGCACUCAAACGUGCUCCUGCAUGAACGGCGGCUCUUGCCAUCACAUCCACGGGGGCUGCAUCUGCUCUCCGGGGUUCACUGGAAUAAGCUGCGAAGAAGAGUGUCUGCCGGGUUUCUAUGGCAAUGGCUGCAAUCAGACGUGCUCCUGCAUGAACGGCGGCUCCUGCCAUCACGUUCAUGGAGGCUGCAGAUGCACUCCGGGGUUCAUUGGAAAAACCUGUGAAGAAGAGUGUCUGCCGGAUUUCUACGGCGAUGGAUGCAAUCAGAAGUGCUCCUGCAGCAACGGCGGCUCGUGCCAUCACGUCUCCGGAAGCUGCAGCUGCUCUCCGGGGUUUACUGGAGAAUCUUGUGAAAAAGAAUGUCUGGAGGGUUUCUAUGGCGACGGCUGCAAUCAGACGUGCUCCUGCAUGAACGGCGGCUCGUGCCAUCACAUCCAUGGAAGCUGCAGCUGCGCUCCGGGGUUCACUGGAAAAACCUGUGAAGAAGACGAACGCUCACAAACCAAAGAGCAGGAGCCGAAAACUCAUCUGACUGAGAGAACAUGGCUGACACUGACCAUCAUCCUGAGCGUUCUGCUGCUCCUCAGCCUCCUGGCGCUGGCUAUGCAACUGUGCAGGUUUUCACUGCCGACUCGCACAGGUGCCAACUACACCUACCUGCCGCUGACCGCCCUCGACGGGGGAGACUCCAACGAAGGGGGGCCCGGGAGAUGGGAUCGGGAUUGCUCCACCUCUCUGGAAUUAAUAUAACACUUGAAGAAAAGCCACUAAGCUGUUCCCGUGGCUUUCACACCCUGACAAAGUCUGCGGCGCUGUAAGGUCUGUAGCAUUUUUUUUUCACCCAUAAGAAAUGACAUUGCAAAUUCAUUCAACAAGUCGGCACGCGAUGGGUUGCGUGACAUCAACGCCGACUAAUUUAACCACAUUCCCUCGACACCAGAUAAGUUAAAGUGAACGCCCAUAGAGAUUCGGUUACAUUGUCACUGGCGGUAUUUCAUCACCGACUGCAGGAGAACAGCUCGCUUCUGCAAUUGUCAGGUGGCAAAAAAAAUUAUAUUAUUUAUCAUUCAUCUUCAUUUAAUUCCUGCUACACCACUGUUUGUGAAAUGUUUUUUUUAAAUAUGACAACUCAAUAUGAAUGUAAUUUUUAAGGAAAAUUUUGGAGCUUGAGGUAGUUCUCAGGGAUACUUGCUGCUACCUGCCAUCUGAAACAACUGUAAAAAUGCAGUACAAACUUAUUUUUGAAAGAAUGUGAAAUUUUUCAUGCAGAAAUUACGGAAAAAUUUAGAUAUUUCCAGUACAAUGUUAAACAAAUGAAGAAAUAAAUAUAUUCAUUUUUCUG